CUGGUAACUAGCCCAAUGCGGGAAGGCGCACUAAAAGUCCAUCGCAUUCUCAGAUGACAGCCACUUCGAUCCAUCUCUGCCAAUCGCCUCUCUUUCAUUCUUCGUGACUUAUUACCGGCGUCCUCGCUCUUUUAAGCACAAUGUCGAGCUUCUCGAGAGUCUUCCAGCGCACUGCGCGCAGCGCCUUCCAGUACCAGCGCGGCAUCAACCCCGUCCAGAAUGCUCUCGGCGCGCAGGGCACCAGCAGGUGGAUGAACGGCGUCAGGAACUACGCCGCCUUCACCCGUGACAAGCCUCACGUCAACGUCGGUACCAUUGGUCACGUCGAUCACGGAAAGACCACCCUCACAGCCGCCAUCACCAAGCGUCAGGCCGAGAAGGGCUACGCCAAGUUCCUCGAGUACGGCGCUAUCGACAAGGCGCCUGAGGAGCGCAAGCGUGGUAUCACCAUCUCCACCGCUCACAUCGAGUACCAGACCGACAACCGCCACUAUGCCCACGUCGACUGCCCCGGUCACGCCGAUUACAUCAAGAACAUGAUCACAGGUGCUGCCAACAUGGACGGUGCCAUCAUCGUCGUCGCCGCCUCCGACGGCCAGAUGCCCCAGACCCGUGAGCACCUGCUGCUCGCCCGCCAGGUCGGUGUCCAGAGGAUCGUCGUCUUCGUCAACAAGGUCGAUGCCGUCGACGACCCCGAGAUGUUGGAGCUUGUCGAGAUGGAGAUGCGCGAGCUUCUCUCCAGCUACGGUUUCGAGGGCGACGACACACCCAUCAUCAUGGGCUCUGCUCUGUGCUCUCUGGAGGGCCGCAAGCCCGAGAUUGGCGAGACCAAGAUCGACGAGCUCCUCGCCGCUGUCGACACCUGGAUCCCUACCCCUCAGCGCGAUACCGAGAAGCCUUUCCUCAUGGCCGUUGAGGACGUCUUCUCCAUCGCCGGUCGUGGUACUGUUGUCUCUGGACGUGUCGAGCGUGGUAUCCUGAAGAGGGAUCAGGAAGUCGAGCUCGUCGGUAAGGGCACUGCGCCCAUCAAGACCAAGGUCACCGAUAUCGAGACCUUCAAGAAGUCCUGCGAGGAGUCGCGUGCCGGUGACAACUCCGGUCUCCUCCUCCGUGGUAUCAAGCGUGAGGAUGUCCGCCGUGGUAUGGUUGUCUCGGUCCCUGGACAGGUCAAGGCACACAAGAAGUUCCUCGUCUCUAUGUACGUCCUCAGCAAGGAGGAGGGUGGCCGCCACACCGGCUUUGGCGACAACUACAGGCCUCAGAUGUUCAUCCGAACUGCUGACGAGUCCUGCGCGCUCACAUGGCCCGAGGGCACCGAGGACGUCUCCAAGCUUGUCAUGCCCGGUGACAACGUCGAGAUGGUCUGCGAGCUCCACCAGCCCCACGUUCUCGAGCAGGGUCAGCGCUUCAACAUGCGUGAGGGUGGCCGCACUGUCGCCACUGGUCUCGUCACCCGUAUCCUUGGCUAAGCAUCUGGAUUGAUCGGAGGCGAAACGAGAGAGAAGGCAUAGCGAGGGAUGACAAUACCCGGUGUAAGAUGAAGGGAGAUUCUUUGUACAAUAUUUGUAUCUCUCCCGCUCUCCGCUUCGAUGCUGUUAUAUCAUGUACUUUAGCACGGCUCGGAUUUAGAAGGGCGUUAGCAUUGACGAGGUUGAAAAGAAUGUAAUGACAUGUACAAUACUACACAUCUGUCCAUAAGUUUGAAGUACGUGUGGAUGGCCAGUAAACAUUAUGACAAGGUCGUGCUGCUCACAUGCUCUAGCUCUAA